AUGGGAGAACUCCUGGUCAUAAUCUCAGAGAAGAACGAUAUUGUUUAUCAGAGAAUGUAUAGCAGAGCAAGCAAUGAAGAGUACUGCAGACUCAUGAUCCUUAUCUACGGGUCCAUUGACAUACUGACCUGGAGGAUGGCAUCCACAAGUUCCAAUUAUUUUGAUUGCCUCGAAAAGCAUGGCGAGAUGAGGAUCAGUGCAUACAUAAUGGCUUCCGGAUACAAGCUUUUGUUCAUACACUCUAGGAAGAGUGCCCGCUCAUUCUUAGAGGGCGUGCGCCGCAUGUUUGCCCCGGUUCUCAUGUCGUCUUCGUUGGAAGAAGAGAUUCUAGAAUCCAAGGACCUCGACACCAGGGUUGAUGAGGCCUACAGGGCCUGUUUUUAG